GGGAACAGAUGAAAAGCGAUUGAGUGACAGAAAACGAGGACGACGAUGAUGAUGAUGAAGAAGAAGCACUCGGCUGGUGUCCAGGACGUCAGAGGACGUUUGUGUGUUUUCACAGUUUCUGACCUUUGAUCAGUUCAGAACAAACAUGGCGUCUGUCAACGGAGAAACCAGGCGACUCGUCAUCCUACAGCUCCUCAUCGCCUCUAUCCCAGCAUGCACUGGGCUUCCUGAAGGAUUGUUCGUGAGCAAACCAGAGGCCAGCGUCUUCCUGCAUCGCAAUCGCCGGGCGAACUUCCUGCUGGAAGAGUUGAAACAAGGAAAUCUGGAGCGGGAAUGUCUGGAGGAGAAAUGUUCCUACGAGGAGGCCAAGGAGAUCUUCUCCCUGCCGCAGCAGCUGGAAAACUUCUGGAGGACGUACACAGCGGUAGAUCGCUGCCUCUCGUCUCCCUGUAAGAACGGAGCGACCUGCACUCGCCACGUCGACUCCUACGUCUGCAAAUGUCCGCCUCGUUACCACGGAUACAACUGCGACAAAGUUCGUUCUACGCCCAGCACCUGUCGCCAUGGAAACGGAGGAUGCGAACAUUUCUGCAGAGAAAUUCCGGAUCGUUCUCACAUCUGCUUCUGUGCUCAUGGAUACAGACUGGAUCGGGACAACAGCACCUGCCUGCCUCAAGAUGACGUCCCCUGUGGAAGACCACUCAUACACUUUGCCCCCAGGGUCGUUAACGGGAAGAUCUGCCCCAAGGGACACUGUCCAUGGCAGGCUCUGUUGACGGAACACAACGUUUACACCUGUGGAGCCAUCGUGGUGUCGGACCAGUGGGUUUUAACUGCAGCUCACUGCGUCUGGAGAAAACCUGCUGCCAUCUUCCACGUCACCGUGGGUGAACAUGACCGGAUGGAGGAGGAGAAGACCGAGCAGCGGCGGCGUGUUGUCAAAGUUCUGAUCCACCGAGGUUACAACGAGUCCAGCUCCGACAGCGACCUGGCCUUGCUGAAGCUGCACCGCCCGGUGAAGCUGGGUCUCCACGUGGUGCCCAUUUGCCUUCCCGCCCGGAACAGCACCAUCAUCAGGACACUGGCAACCGUCCGCCACUCCACCGUGUCGGGUUGGGGCCGCCUGGCGCAGUUCGGCCCCCCCUCCAGGUUCCUCCAGCGGCUGGUGCUGCCGCGGGUUCCUCUGCAGGAGUGUCGCCUCCACACCAGGCUCAACAUCACCAAGAACAUGGUCUGCGCCGGGCACAGGGCCGGACGGCAGGACGCCUGCGAGGGCGACAGUGGCGGCCCCCUGGUGACGCGCUACAAGAAGACCUGGUUCCUGACGGGCGUGGUGAGCUGGGGGAAGGGCUGCGCCAACGAGAACCAGUACGGCGUCUACACCAGAGUCACCAACUUCCUUGACUGGAUCGAGGAGCUGAUGUCCACUGGCUGAACCCGGACGGAACUGGAACAGAACUGGAACAGAACCGGAAAAGAACUGGAACAGAUUCAGAUUGAAACAACUGAUCAAUCGUUUUAAUUGAUUCAGAUUACUGUUAAACCACAACAUUAAUGAACCUAUAAUUUCAUACGUAUACCUCAGCAAUAGAGUGAGGAUAUAGUUUAUACAAUAAAAUGAUAUAUUUACCUUUCACAUGCUGUAUAAUUUGUACUUCAUCUUUGUAAAUAAUAAAAAUGAAAAUGAAAAUGAAAAUAAAUAUUUGAUCCUGUGAAAUGA